GAAAUUGACUACGACUGUUUUAUUUCCGAGGUAACACAAACGCAGCACUACUCACUGUGUUUUGUUUUAGCAGGUUACUUCUCGUUUCUGUGGCACAAGAGGCACAAUGGACUUCAGACGUCUCGCUUAUUUGAUCUUGUGCACGUUUGGCGCUUGUUCGGCGUCAAAGCCGAACUUCGUUCUUCUCUUUGCAGAUGAUUUGGGGUUCGGGGACUUGGGCUGUUACGGGCAUCCCAGUUCACUCACUCCUAACUUGGACCGCCUCGCAGCAGCAGGACUCCGCUUUACAGAUUUUUAUAGCACCUGUCCGGUCUGCAGCCCGUCCAGGGCGGCGUUGCUGACAGGUCGUUAUCAGACCCGUUCAGGUAUCUACCCAGGUGUGUUCUACCCAGGCUCCAUUGGGGGUCUUCCUCUAAAUGAGACCACCAUCGCUGAAGUGUUGAAAACUCAGGGUUAUGCCACCGCUAUCAUGGGGAAAUGGCACUUGGGAUAUGGGGCCAAAGGGAAGUUUCUUCCAACCAAACAAGGUUUUGACGAGUACCUGGGGAUCCCAUACUCUCAUGACAUGGGCCCCUGCCACAACUUGACUUGUUUUCCUCCGGAUAUCAAGUGUUUUGGAUAUUGUGACCCUGGUGUUGUAACUGUCCCCGUCGUGCAUAAUGACAACAUCAAACAGCAACCGGCCAACUUCCUGGAGCUGGAAAAGGCUUACAGUGACUUCGGAACCAAUUUCAUCAUUAACUCUGUCAAGAACAAACAGCCUUUCUUUCUCUACUACCCAUCGCAUCACACUCACUACCCACAGUAUGCAGGUUCAGGAGCAGCAGGUCGCUCUUUGAGGGGUCCAUUUGGAGAUGCCUUGUUGGAACUGGACGACACAAUAGGAAACCUGAUGUCUACCCUGGCGCAGACAGGAGCGAUUAAUAAUACACUUGUAUUCUUUGCAUCUGAUAAUGGGCCUGAACUGAUGCGCAUGUCACGUGGUGGCAGCUCAGGCCUCCUGAAAUGUGGCAAAGGUACAACAUAUGAGGGGGGGAUGCGAGAGCCCGCCAUUGCAUACUGGCACGGCAUCAUUAAGCCAGGUGUGACCCAUGAGUUGGCCAGUACUUUGGAUAUCCUCCCUACCAUGGCGGGCCUGGCAGGAGCUACACUACCUCCAGUGAUGCUGGAUGGGUUUGACAUGACAGAUAUCCUCUUCAAGCAUGGGAAGAGUAAGAGGGAGGCAAUGAUGUACUACCCCAUAUCUCCAAAUAAAACCUAUGGACUGUUUGCUGUGAGACUGGGGACGUACAAGGCCCACUUCUACACAGAAGGUGCUAUCCACAGUGCUACCACCCCAGACCAGGACUGUCCAGGAUCUGCGUCCUUGAAGGCCCAUGACCCUCCUCUCAUUUUUGACCUGGAGGCUGACCCCUCGGAGCGCUACCCCCUCCCACUUAAAGACAGACCCGAUGUCCAAGCAGUGUUGGAGCAGAUAAAGAAUGUCAAGGCGCAGUUUGAAGCUACCAUGGUCUUCGGCGAGAGCCAGGUCUUGAAAGGAAGCGACCCAAAUCUUGAGCCGUGCUGUAAUCCUGACUGUAGCCCUAAACCCACCUGCUGCCAUUGUUGAUGAUGGGGGGGGGGGGGUGCCUGAAGACAACUUGGGGAACAUGUUGCACUGAAGAAACAAGUUAAAAGCCCUGCAAUGAAUCAGGUUUUUACCUUCAUCGAUUAAUGCUUAUGUUUGAACAAAUAAUCAACAAAAAUGAUGUAACUAAUCUCAUCAAAGAGAUUUUCUUACUUUUAACACAGGUCUUUCCCACUUUUACUACUUGAAAGGUUGUUUGAUCUAAACUAGUUUUCACCUCAGAUUUUCAUAUAAAAGGGAUAUGUAAAUAUGAAUGAAUGUGUUUACAUUGCUUCAGUUCAACAUUCCAUAAAUCCACCCCACACAAAGACACACAUACUUUUUCUCAUGGUUCGCGCCCUUUGUUUUUUUAAUUUGAACUCUCCUCUUAAUUUAAAGCCCCCCCAUUCUAUCACAAAACAUUUUUUGAAGAGUUCCUGGAAGUUCUUUAUUACUUGCUUUGAACAUAAAUUGUGCUGUUUUAAAUUUAACCAAAUCAUAAAAUUUUAAAAUAUUUGACUUUACAAAUAGUGUGUUAGUGUGCUCCCAAAACCCCACUUUAUGAAUUAUCCUGACUGCUCUCUUUUGUAGCUUACAAAGUGGCUGUAGGUUGCUUUUGUAUGUGUUACCCCAAAUUUCCACACAAUAAGACAGAUAUGGCAAUACAUGUGAUGAAUACAGAAUCAACAAUGCUUUGUGGUCCAGUAUGUGUUGAGCUUUCCCGAGUAUUGCAUAGCUUUAUGCCAAUUUUCUUUUUAUUUGAAUAAUUUGUGAUUUCCAGCAGAUUUUAUGAUCCACACCCAGAAAUUUAACUUAUUUUGUUCUUACUAUCUCAAAACUGUCAAUCAUUAUUUUUAUUUGUGUUCUUGAAGGUAUUUUUUUAUUUCCGAAUACCUUAAAUAUAGUUUUAUUUAAAUUUAAUGACAAUUUAUUUAAAUCACACCAAUGUUUCAAUUUUGUCAUUUCUGUAGUGACUUUCUCUAAAAGCUGCUGGAGAUUAUUUCCAAAACAAAAGAGGUUAGUAUCAUCUGAAAAUAAAAUAUACUUGCACAAUUCUGAUACACUCGCACAUUUCAUUUACAUAUAGAAUGAAUAAUUUUGGUCCUAAUACUGAGCCCUGCGGGACCCCACAAGUUAUGUUUUUAAAAAUGAUGUGUGGUCACAGAUUUAAAUAAACUGUUUUCUAUUUUGAAUAUAAUUUCUUGCCAGUUUAGCACCACUCCCCUAAUUCCAUAUUUUUCCAAUCUAUUUAAUAAAAUAUGAUCAAUGGUGUCAAAUGCCUUUUUAAAAUCAAUAAAUACUCCAACUGCAAAGUUUUGGUUGUCCAUACCAUUAAUAAUUUCUUCAGUCAUGUGCAUUAAUGCCGUUGAUGUAGAUCUGUUUUCUCUAAAACCAUUUUGACAAUCUGACAGUAUGUUUUUGAAUAAAGGCAUCAAGCAUUUGAAUGAAGAGUUUUUCAAGGACUUUAGAAAACUGGCAGAGUAAUGAUACUGGCCUAUAAUUAGUGAAAAGGUGUUUGUCCCCAGCUUUACAUAUUGGAGUAACUUUGGCAAUUUUCAUUUGAUAUGGAAAUGAUCCUGUUGAAAAUGAUAAGUUACAGAUGUAGGUAAAUGGUUCCACAAUGGCAUCAAUCACUUUCUUUACUACAGUCAUAUUAAUAUCAUUCCAAUCUGUAGAUGUCUUGUUUUUACAUUUGCUGACUAUAUCUAGAACUUCUUUUGCUGUUACUGGUUUCAGAUAAAUUGAGUAUGGAUUUGAUUCAAUAUUAUUUUCAACAAUGGCCCUCCCAUUAUCUUUUAAGUCUGUUAUUUCUUCAGCUAACUUUGGUCCCACAUUUACAAAGAAUCUAUUAAAUCCAUUAACCACAUCAUUCAUAUCAUCCACAGUCCUUUCUUCAUCAUCAAAAUAUUCUGUGUAAUCUGUACUGUUUGAACCACUUCUAAUUACAUCAUUUAUUAUUUUCCAUAUACCUCUUACAUUGCACCUGUUUUGAAGGAUUUUAGUAUAAUAAUCUUACUUGCAUACUCGCAGAAUAUUUGUCAAUUUAUUUUUUUUACUUUUUAUAUUUUUGUUGUUGUUUUUUUCUGACCAUUAUAAUUUUUUUAUAUAAGCCAUUCAUUUUCAUUCAUGCAUUUUGUAGUCCUUUAGUGAUCCAUGGAUUAUCCAUGAAAUUCUGUCUAUUUUUAAACUUCAUUACUGGACAGUUCUUAUUGUAAAAAUUCUUGAAUGUAGAAAUAAAUAUUUCAAAAGCUUUA